AGAGGUGUCCGUGCUCCAGCCUCUCCCGCUCCGUCCUGAGAGGCACCGCCCACCCCGGGGAGCCCCGUGACACACUCCUGUUGCCUAGAGCGCGUGACGCCAGCCGCCACACCGGCCCCUUCCAGAAAGCAGCAGCCCCCUGCCCGCUCCCCCACUGCUGCAUCCAGUGGGGCAGGACUGGGCCCGCCCUCGUCACCCGGCUGUUGUAGGCAAAGGCCACUGCUCUCCCCGGGCGGGGCCGAGGGAUCAGGAGCCCCCAGGCAUGCUGGCUGGCACAUUCCAGGACUGGCUUCCGUGAGCCCCACUGCCGCCGCAGAACUGGUCAGGGCUGGGAUUUGCGCUAUGGGGCUGGAGGACAGGGCCAAGUGCUGGUGCUGGGGCCCAGAGCCAAGCUGCUGGGAAGCUGGCAGUGAUCCCACACGGGGGCGUGGUGGACCCCUCUCUCUGUGCGGCCACACUGUGGGCCAGUACACCAGCGGUGCCCUGUCCGGGGAAGGGCAGGACCACAUAGAUGGGCAGAUCCUGGGCCAGCCGCGCCCCCUCUCAGGGCAGGAGGAAGAGGAGGAGGGGGCCAGGGCUACCCCAGCGGCAAGACCGGCCUUCCCCGGGAUGGGCUCUGAGGAGCUGCGGCUGGCCUCCUUCUGCGACUGGCCACUGACCGCCAUGGUGAGGCCUGAGCGGCUGGCUGCUGCAGGCUUCUUCUACACUGGCCAGCAAGACAAAGUGAGGUGCUUCUUCUGCUGCGGGGGUCUGCAGAGCUGGGAGCAAGGGGAUGACCCCUGGACAGAGCACGCAGAGUGGUUCCCCAGAAGUUGCCUCCAAAACAGCCUUCCCAGCAAGGGCCUCACCCUCCGUGACCCCCAGCUGCCCGCUGCAGGGCCCUGUGGGGGCACAAGGCUGGCUAGAGGGGCUCUCCUGCAGCCCAAGCCGCACCACGGGGCCUCCCAACCUGCUUCCUUCAGGUGUGAGUUUCUGCUCCAGACGAGGGGACAGGACUUUGUCCGCAGCGUGCAGGAGGCCCGCUGCCACCCGCUCUGCUCCUGGGACCAACCAGAAAAGCCAGAAGACGGGUCCCCUGCCGUCCCAUCAGGUGCCGGGGACAGCCAGGAGUGGUCCGCACGGUGCCAGUGCCCAGCGGUGCAGGCCGUGCUGCGCAUGGGCUUUGGGCCGGACCGCGUGCGGAACCUGCUGCAGCGGAAGUACAGCUGGGCAGGGCCGGCUGACCUCUCCGCAUCCUGGCUGGUGGCAGACCUGCUCCAGGAGGACGACGGGGACCGGGGGCUGGGGACCAGAGGUCCCGAGCUGCCCACGCCCAGAAGAGAGGCCCAGUCAGAAGGUGCCAGAGAGUCAGGGGCCGGGGAUGCGGGAGAGCAGCUGCGGCGCCUACAGGAGGAGCGGACCUGCAAAGUCUGCCUGGACCGCACCGUGGACACUGUCUUCGUGCCCUGCGGCCACCUGGUCUGUGCCGAGUGCGCACCCGCCCUGCAGCUGUGCCCCGUCUGCAGGGCCCCCGUCCGCAGCUGCGUGCGCACCUUCCUGUCCUAGGCCAGGUGAGUGGCCACGGCGCUGCCCACGGGCAGAGCGCAGCCUGGCCCGCCUCACAGAUGGGCCUCACAGAUAUCUGGACGGGCCUGGAUGGUGACCCCCCCCCCCCCCCGCCAUCCCGCGCUCCUUAUCUCCCGCGAUCUUAACUCCGGGGGGUGCCAGCCUGGCGGGAUGGCGGCAGGGAGCACGUCGGAUCUCCUCCAGCUCCCCGGCCCUGGCAGGUGUGGCCGAUCAGCGCGCUACCUUCCCCUGACACUCAGAUCCUUGCCCUGGGUCCUUCUCAACACAGCACCCUGGCUGGCCACCACCGCUCUGCUGGGGCACCUUAACCGUACCAGCCAGGCCCAGCUCUGCCUCGAUUUCCCCAGUGAUCGGGGGAUAAGGCCGCCUGUCCAGCUGGGUGUGUGGGCCGCAGCCGGGCCCAGGGGAAGGAGCUCCGGCGGUGCACUGCGUGAGGAGGGGCCUGGCCGCCACGGCCAGGCGGGAGUGCGCGACGGGUGUGGGAGGGGAACGUGAACCUUUGAUUUGUACAGGGGCAGAAAGCUUGGCCUCCUGGUUGUCAAGGGAUUCUGUGCUUCUCCCCAUCUCUCCGAGCACCUGCCGGGGGCUCCAGUGGCUGGGGAGGGGCUCCUCCUGCAGGCUGAGGCCCCUGGUCCGUGGACGAGCCGACAGGGCACCGCCCGUUCAUCCUUCCUCCUCUCCCAGGUGCCGGCUGCCACACGGGCGCCCUGCCCAUCUCCGCCUACUCCUUGGGCCACAGGGCAGGCCUGCUGAGGACAGCGGAGCUGGCAACCAGAACGGGCCGUCCCCAGUCCCCAGCCGUAGGCCAGGCUGGAAGGGAGCUGCGGACGCCGUGGCGAAGGGGGUCUAAAGUGGGGUUUUCGGCGCUUUUGGAGAUUCACAGUAAAGUGGUGGGUUUUCCCUGGACCGUGCUCAGCAGCCUCUGUGCCAGAUGUGCCGGCCCCGCCCACCCGCUCAGCCGCAGGGCGGCCAGCCCUCUCCCGGCAUGUCCCCCCACAGGCCUCCUCGUGCCCGGCGGGGCCCCUUCCGUCCCCUCUCCUCUUCCUCAUUCUGUUCUCAGCGUCGUGGUGACUCCUAAAGCCACCUUGCCUCAGGUCACUUCUGAGACUGGGCUUGUAAAUGCCCACCAAAUCCUGCCUCUCGGGGAAGCAGGUCUGCGGGGCAGUGUUCUGCUUUCUACAUGGGGGCACUUUGGGGAUCCUGUAGGACCAGGGCUUAAACCCUUUCUGUGAACAGCACCACUGGCCAAGGACAAGGAAGGGCUCUGCUCUUGGACAGAGGGGGCCUCUGCUCCUGGCCGCACCCAGCCGCCUCCCCAGGGCUCCAUCAGCGCCCCCGGAGCAGGUGGGGACUUUGCCUGGGUGACAGACAGCUCACAGCAGCCCGGGUGUGCCGUGUUUAACCAGGAGCCCGGCUGCUCGGAGUGGUGGUGGGGGUCACUGUGGGUUUACACUGGCCUUUGUGGUGGGGUCACACUUUCCUGUCUCAGAGUCCUUGCAGCCACCCCUCCCCCAGCCGCAGGGCAUGCAACCUCGGGGCAGGGGUUGGGUGGUGGUGCAGAGGGGCUGGUGUAGGCACCCAGGGAGGGCUCGUCAGACGGCCGCCGGGCCAGCUGAGGGCGGGGGCAACAGAGACCCCUGCAGUCUUCUGUGUCUUCUCUCCCUUUUUUAUUUCCCAGAAAAAGGAAAAAUUAUAAAUUCUUCUGAAGUUGUAGCCAUCCCCAGGUUAGCCCUGGCCCCAGUGGCCUGGCUGGUGUCUGGUCACUUGGCCCCGGAGGCAGAAGGGAGGCCAGGGGAGUCUCCCCGCAGUCUUCGGUGGUCCUUGGGGCUGGAGGUCACACGCAGAAGGGACUGGUGCUUCUCAUUUACGCAGGCCUGUGGGGGCAAGGGAGGGGUGGGCAGAGCUCAGAGAGCCCUGAGCGGCAGCCCUUGGCACUGGGGCAGGAAGGCUGGGGCAGUCAGCCAUCAGCAGAGCUGCCCCCUCUGCCUCGGAGAGCCCCAGAUGCAAAAGGGACAACAUCCCAGCAGCAGAGGGUUCCUGGCCUUUGGCCAGGUGGGGCUUCUAGGACCCCAGCCUUGUGUCUGCAGACAGCAGGGUUUGGGCCACGAAGCUGGGGGUGUGGAGUGAGGGGCCACCCUAGGUCCUGGCCACCCAGGCUCCAGUGGCUGGAGGAAGAACCUGCAAGGCCCUCCCAGCCUGGCGAACCCCUCCAGAGCCCCGCAUGCCCGAGGCAGUCCGCUCUCAUCCUCUGCCAAGGCCGCGUGGCCUGAGCAAGGGCUCUCCUGUCACAGAGAUGGGAUGCUUGCCACCCCUGACGGCCCUGGGCUGAGAGGGGCUUUCACCUGUAGGGUGGAAAGGGUGUGGCUGCCAAGAGGGCGGGGGACCCUAGGGGAGGGCCACAGGGGUUGCCUGGAGGGCAGGAUCGUGUCCGAGGGCCUCGGUGGGAUGGGGAAGGGGAAGCACAGCUCCACGAUGACAAGGACCCCAGUUCUUGGACCCCAAGUUUCAGGAUUGUAUGUGGGACCUGGCAAGGCCUGCUUGAGAGGAGGUGGGCAGUGCCCAGUCACCCCCAUCCUGAGCCGGGGGCACGCAGGGUCCUGGACACUACUUUUUAAGAGGAAAGAAGUCUGAUUCUCCAAAGAAACCAACACCCCAAACUUCCUGCCUCAGUGAGACCCCUCGAGAAGACGUUGCCCUCUUGCGAGGAGGUCUCUCCAGGCCAGGUCUCUCCAGCACAAAACCAUCUCAGACCCAAGUCCGUGGACUCUGCCGGGCUUGCAGCUCCAGCAGGUGGGCGCCACGCCCCAGAGCCUCGGCUUUUCCACACCCAGCGCAGAGCCGGCACGGAGCCGAUCUCGGGGAGCAAGGGAUAGGUGGACGGACGGACGAUGGACAGAUGGGCGGAUAGGCAGACGGAUGCCUGGUGAGGCUUCCACAAGGAGAGAAGCCUCGCAGCUACGCUAAACCAACCGGCCAGGCCCAGCCAGGGGUGGGCUCUGCUGGCCAUGCUUACUAGUACGCCUGCUCGAACAAGAGGCUGGAAGGCUUCUUCUUGACGAGGUGGAGAAGUGGGUCAAAUCCACCAAUGAAAUCCACUGAAAGAAAACAAGACCCAAACAAUGGAAAAGAUGGCAGAAAGAGAGCACGCCCAACCACAAACCUCUGUGUGCUGAUGGCAGAGGCGGGGCGAGCCUGGGGGGCCCCAAGGGGAGGGCAGGCACCGCCCUAGGCCCGGCCCAGGCCCGGCCAUGUCCCUCUGGAGGAUGGACAGUGUGACUCCCCAGGCAGAACGUUCCGGUGGACACUGGCGAGCUCAGCAGGGGAGGCAGCCUGCAGGGCCGGUCUGGGUCCCCAGGGCUGCGGGGCACCUCACUGUGGCCCAACCACUGCCCCCCGCCGCGUCCACGAACAUCAGCCACCUGUGUCUGCGCAGCUGGCGGGUGGCUGGCCUUGCUGGGCAGAGGAGAUGCAUUUCUGAACCGCAGGGCUGACUCCCAUGCCGGAACAUUUUAAUGUAACCAAUACGUGAAUUCCCCUUAGUUUUCUCCCAGCCGGCAGUGGUCUGAGUGACGGUUUGGGGGUCACGCAGCGUGAGAGCUGGGGGACCUGGGGGCUGGUCCAGAGCCAGUCUGGUCUCCCAGUAUAGGAAGCCAUUCGGCCCCCAGAGAGGGCUCUGCCCCCGGGAGCAGUGGCCCCCAGGUGCACCCAGGCCCAACCCACCCCAGCCUUGUCUUCUGCAGAGUCUUUCCAGGAAAUCGUGGCAGAGCCAGGGGCAGUGAGGCAUGGCAAGCGUGCCGAGAUGUUGCAAAUCAGAGGAAGGUCAAGGGGGUCCCCCCUUGUGAGCAGAAAGCAAAAGUGCUGCCUGAUGGGGCCUGAUGGGGCCACCACAGCCAGCAGGGCCCGGUCUCUCCGGCUGCAGGAGACAGAGCGGCCCACCCCUCUGCAGGUCUGAGGGCUGAACCUCUGCCUGCGGCUGCUGUGGGGGCUGUAGUGGGACCUGCCCUGCAGUCCAGGAGCCCUCGGACCUGGAGGCUUGGGUGUGAACUGAGCCCUGGUGCCCAAAGCCCAGGGAACCCCUCAUCUGUUCUUCCCUCUGCUCAGACACGGGCCCCCGAGGGCAGGGGGAUCCACCUAAGAGGCGAGGUCUCAGGCUUUGCCAGCAGAAGUCCAGGAGGGGGGCGCCUGGGUGGCUCAGUGGGUUAAAGCCUCUGCCUUCGCCUCAGGUCGUGAUCUCAGGGU